AUGUCCGGGCAGCAACCGCCGCCGUACGGGAAUGGUCCGCGUGGCUGGAAUCCGCGUGCCCACAAUCCCGCCUCUCCAUCGCCAUCGUCCUUCCUGUACCGUCCGCCCUCGCCAUGGACGACGGCACCCAGUCCGCCGCCGAUAAUCUCGGGCCCUCGUCCCUUUGGACAUGCCAUGUCGCCGGCGCCACUCAACCAGGUGAGGGGUCAGCGCGGUAGCACCAAUAUACCCCAUCCGCGACCCCAGUGGCCAGGUGGUAACCAGUCACCGGCGCCCUACCAACAGGCACCGCCGCCGAGUGGCUACUACGGUGGAGUGGCAAGUGGUGGGGCAUCGCCGGCACCACGUCCCUACCGACCGGCUCCCCUGCAGCACCAGAACUCGUAUGGAGCCCAGCCGACCAGCUCGUUCCAGCUGUCGCCCACACCAUCGCCCAUCGUCUGCCAGACGCCGAGUUCGGACUUCAAUUACAGCAACCGGCAGACGCCACUGUCGCACCACCAGUACCAUCCACUGGGGGCAGCUCCACCGCCAUUCUUCCAGCAGCAGCAGGGAGCCCCGGUGAUUCCGCCACAACCGAGACAACAUGGAGGACACGGAGGACACGGACUGGCCCAGGAUCAGAUCGAUUUCGUGGGCGUGCCGCUGGAGCCUCCGCAACCUAAAUCCUAUGUGAUUUACGAUGACGAAGAGGAGUUCGGUCCAUCGACAGCCGAAAUCAUUGCGAACCAAUCGCAGGACUACGUCGACGAGAAGCUUGCCGAAUAUCAGAUGACGAUAUUGCAGUUGCAAGCUGAGUCAGCGGCAUUCUAG